AUGGUGCAAUCAAUCGAGGGGGUUGACCAGGGAAAAGGUCCUGGAGUUACGUUGACGGAGAAUGAGCGCAUGGGCUAUGCACAACGACCUGAAUGCUUCGAUUCCACCUUGAAAGAAUGUCUUUUUGUCCUAACGGCCACUAUGGCCAUCGGCCAACAAUCUUUCUUCCAAGGAGCUAUCGUUGGUGUCUCCGCCUCAAUCGGAUCAGAUCUGAAUAUGAGUUCAGCAGAGAUCACCUGGAUCAGCGCUGGCUCCUCCCUGAGCAGCGGCGCCUUCCUAUUAACAUUCGGCAAAUUAGCCGACAUGUUUGGCCGCAAAACACAAUUCAUAAUCGGUAUGGGCGGAUUCACACUAGCUUUGCUAGUAGCAGGCUUCGCCACAAACGCCAUAUAUAUGGAUGUAUUCUCGGGGAUCCUAGGCCUCUUCGCCGCAGCAGUUGUGCCACCAGCAGUUGGAGCUCUAGGAGCCGUCUAUCCCAAGCCAUCUAAGCGGAAGAAUCGUGCCUUUGCCUGCUUUAGCGCUGGAAACCCGCUCGGGUUCGUAGGUGGAAUGAUCAUUUCCGGCAUUGCGUCCCACGAGUAUAACUGGCGCGCGUCUAUUUGGGCGUUGGCUGUUAUCUAUGCUAUAUUUACUGCUUUGACGGCGUGGACUGUUCCAUCGGAUGACUUUGCUAGGACGCCAGUUAAUAGGGAUACUAUUAAACAGUUUGACCUGUUAGGCACUGCUUUGAUUAUCGUGGGCUUUGCUUUCUUUUCAAGUUCGCUUUCAUUGGCUGGAGAUGCACCUGACGGCUGGCAAACGGGCUAUGUUCUCGCCUUGUUCAUAGUAGGAAUUUCCAUGCUCGCAGCAUUUGUUUACUGGCAGUCCAUCGCAAAGUAUGCUCUAAUGCCCCUGUGGAUGUGGAAAGACCGCAAUUUCAGUCUGCUAAUGGCAACGUUUUGUCUCGGCUUCAUGGGAUUUGCAGCUGUCACUUUCUUCCUGGCUCUAUACCUCCAAGAAUUAAAACACCUUUCCGCACUAACCAUCACAGCGCAACUGCUUCCGAUGGUGGUGAGCGGCAUUGCAGUCAAUAUCUUAUGCGGCCUUGUGCUCCAUCGCAUGAGCAACAAGCUCCUAAUGGUUAUUAGUGCACUGGCGUACACAGCAGCAUUCCUGAUCCUGAGCUUCAUGAAGGAAGAUGCGUCGUACUGGGCAUAUAUCUUCCCGGCCCUAGUUCUCGUAACAGUGGGUGCGGACAUCCAGUUCAACAUCACGAAUAUGUACGUGAUGUCCUCACUUCCAAAAGAACAACAAUCCAUAGCCGGCGGCAUCUUCAACACCGUUAACAAAUUCUGCAAUAAUCUCGGUCUGGGCAUCGCCACCUCGAUCCAGAAUGCUGUUUCAAAUCAGACGCCGUCUCCGCCGCCUAUUCGUCCCUUUUUGGCAGUGUAUUGGUUCGCGGCUGGUGCUGCGGGUCUUUCGCUUCUUUUCGUUCCUUUCUUGACGCUGAAAACGCAGGGACAUCAUACUCCCGAUGGGGAUGAUGGGCUGGCUGAUGAGAAGAAGGCAGAUGAAGAGGGGGCUAUUGGUCACUCUGAGAAACAGUCUGGAUUUCUUCCAGAGAUAUCAGAAGGAACGAGUCACCUGAGUAUUUCUUGA